AUGGUUAUGCUGCCUGGGGCUGAUGAGAUCUGCAGUCCAAAACAUCUGGAGCACACCAGCCUAGGAAAGGAUGAAGUAGACUGUUUCUGGUUAUGUGGGCCACAGACUUACCUGUUAUCAGGCAUGGGAAAAGGUGCUUUCAAAGCCUCCAUACAGGGGGUUUGCUCUUCUGGCAAAGCUUGUGCAGGAUGUGGCUGUCGGAACACACUGAGAACCUCCAGCCACUUGUCAAGCUCCUUGAUCAUGCAGCCGUCAAUGAAAUUUAGGCAGUGGUCUCCUGUUACCUGCUGGUGCUUCUUGUCGAAGAGCUCAGCCUGCAGUGGGCAGGAGAAGUGGUUCCUCCAGUCUCCAGCAAUGCCUUUCCUCAUGAACGGGCUUUUUUCGAUCAUCUCAUGA